AUGGAUGCAGAAGUUUUAAGACCGGCCCCAGUGCCAAAACAAUUUGUUCUGUGUUUCGAUGGCACUGGAAACAGGUUUAACGGGGAUAGGUCGGACAGUAAUGUUCUGAAGAUUUUUCGAAUGCUCGAUCGCAGCGGAAGUAAUCAAUUUCAUUAUUACCAGCCAGGGAUUGGAACUUAUGUAACUUCAAAGUCCCUUUCCAGUUCUGGCCGCUUCCACCGGAUCAGGUCCGCAUAUCUGAAAGCAAAGGACUCCGCUGUCGGAUCCUCCUUCGCUGACCAUGUCAUGGGGGGAUACAAGUUUCUCAUGCGUUAUUAUACACCUGGAGAUGAGAUUUUCUUUAUAGGCUUCAGUCGAGGUGCCUAUAUUGCUCGCUUCCUUGCGGAAAUGCUGGAUUCCAUCGGCUUGCUCGAGGCUGGCAAUGAGGAACUCGUCCGAUUUGCAUGGAAAACCUUUGCCAAAUGGCAGAUGAGACGUGAUACCCAUAAAGAUACUGAAAAAACAGAUAAACUGUUCGAGUAUAUGAAGGCCUUCCGUGAGACAUUCUGUCGACCAAUCGACCCCAGAAUUAAGUUCAUGGGACUGUUUGAUACUGUCAAUAGUGUGCCUGCGUUCGAAUCUGCGUGGAUGCAAAGAAGCAAGUUCCCAUAUACCGCUCGCAGCUCAGCCAAGGUCAUUCGACAUGCAGUGGGGAUCGAUGAGCGGCGUGCCAAAUUUCGGCAGGACCUGAUCUCCGAGAUCAAACCGUGCUGCGAGGAGAAAAAGUCUACCUACUGGAAACACCAUUGGCCCCGGUUUCACCACAGUCCAAGAAAGUCCCCUCCAAAAACCUCCCUUGGUCUUCCCAAGAUCGUCAUCAGCAGAGGUAACAAUGAGAAUAGCCCCUCUCAGCAGAGGCCCGGGGAGACUGAAUCUGUGCACCACAGUGUGCGAAGUUCAAACCAGAGUAUAUACAGCACAAGUCAUCGAUACCGUGCACGACGACGACGCUCCCAGAGACACCUCAGUCCGGCUGCUCCCAUGGAAGCAGCGUCCGCAGAGGAUGUAGUCUCCAUCAGAAGUGAGAAAUCGGGCCUCUCGCUUCAAGUGCCACACGAACAUAUUGGGGGAGAGGAUUACGAGGAGGAUGAGGAUCAGGACAUUCAGGAAGUAUGGUUUCCGGGAGGUCACGCAGAUAUUGGUGGAGGAUGGCAACAGGGACCCAAAGAUUGGCCACUCAGUCACGCACCAUUGGUUUGGAUGGUUCAGGAGGCCCAGCGCGCUGGGCUUCAAUUUGAUCCUGACAAGAUGGAGGACUUUGAAUGUUACGAUGAGGAUUACUCACCCAUUCGUGAAACCAUGCACUGGAACCAUGAUAUCAGUGUGGGCCAAGAUGGCUAUCCGUUGACACCAAUUUCAAAUAACGAACUGGAAGCCCAAGUCGCCGCCGUUUAUGGGGAUAUGGAUGAGAAACAAUGCACAAACGAAUCUAACUCCACAUUUCUGAAGGCGCUCCAGGAGUCCUGUAAGGCCCCACUCCAUGACUGUCUGAAAUUCGGCAGUGGCAUAUCAAAUCUAUCGGUUCUCACAUGGAAAAUGAUGGAGUACCUCCCAUUCCGUCGAAUGGAUCUGCAAAAAGAUGGAUCAUGGAAACCGAUCCGGUGGCCGCUACCGUGCGGAGAGGUUCGCGACAUCCCAGACAACUCUCACAUCCAUAUAUCUGCAAUUCGUCGAAUGUAUGUGGAUGGUGACUACCGCCCUGGUAACCUGAUCGUUGGCGGGGGUGGUCGUGGUGUUCUGCGAGCCCCUCCAGAAAAAGGAAUUGGGCAAUGGGCACUUAAAGGCCAUAAAGGCGAUAUUGUACGACAAGUGUACGUGGCAGUGCGGGAAGAGAAACAGGAGCCUAAAGCCUCGACUGUUUGCAAGGAUGAGGGUCAUGAGCAUCACUGA